GCCCGCCCCCUUCCCCGCCUCCUCGCCGCCGCGGCCGGCCGCCACACGCCGGCAGCCUGCGGCCGGGCUCGCACGGCUCGGGGCUCCCUCCUGCCCCGCCGAGCCCCCUCGAGGCCAUGGCGGCCAUCCAGAACCUGCAGCUGUGGUGCAAGCAGCAGUGCGAGGGCUACCGCGAUGUCAGCAUCACCAACAUGACCACCUCUUUCCGCGACGGCCUCGCCUUCUGCGCCAUCCUCCACCGCCACCGGCCCGACCUCAUAAACUUCAAUGCCCUCAGUAAAGAAAAUGUGUACGAGAACAACAAGUUGGCAUUUCGAGUGGCAGAGGAGGAGCUAGGGAUCCCAGCCUUGCUGGAUGCAGAAGAUAUGGUUGCUCUGAGGGUACCAGACAGGCUGAGCAUCCUCACCUAUGUUUCACAGUAUUAUAACUACUUCCAUGGACGGUCUCCUAUUGGAGGCAUGGCUGGAAUCAAGCGUCCUUCCUCUGAACCUCAGGAGCAGCCUCUUGGGAAGAAAGCUGUUUCAGAGCCUCCUAAACCAGUGUCACAAAAACUGCCUCCUGCCCACCCACCAGCCAGAGCUAAGCCAAAAGAAACCUCACCAGUCAUCAUGAAAGGGGUCCUGGCAGAGAGUGGGAACAUCCCUAGCAGCAGCUGCGCUAUCUGUGGAAACCAUGUGCACCUGGUGCAGCGCUACUUGGUCGAUGGGAAGCUCUAUCACAGGAACUGCUUCAGGUGCAGGCAGUGUUGGAACAUGCUUCUUCCUGGAAGCUACAAAGCUGGGCCUGAGCCCGGUACGUUCAUCUGUACCAGCCACCAGCAGCCAGACAAUGUCCAGAUCUCUGGUCUCCACAGCGCCGGGAACAAACCUGAGAGUACCCCAGCCCCUACUGCUGCCAGGGCAUUCCAGAAAGCAGCAGAACCCAAGAAACCAGAGCAGGUGUUGAAGAAACCCAGCCAGGAAGGCCUUGCUAAUUCAACCAAGCCAUCUGUUCCAUCUUCUGGUAGCUCUGGCUUCAAAAGUGUAAAUACUCCAUGGUCCUCUUCAGCUGUAAAUAAAUCAGAUGACUGCAAAGGUACCUCACUGGGAAAUAAAACAGAUCACCGUGGAGGUACCCCAUCAGGGCCGCUUUGGACAACCUCCACAACAAAAACACGUCAAGCCCGAGAAAAUUUUUUUCAAUCAUUAGAGUCCUCCAGCAAUAAAACCUCUGACACUAAAAAACAAAUCCCUUCUCACGGCCCCAGUAAAACUGCCUCUGGCAGAACCACUACUGAGGUCAGUCCAGUGAAUACUGAGAAGGAUCAGGCACGUAACCAUAUUAUACAGGCUCUGUCUGGAUCAAACACCUCUCCAAAGAGGUCAGGACUCAGUUCCACUGGCUCCUCAGCAUCCUCCAGCAGUGGCAAGUUUCUUCCCACCAGUUCUCAGUGGCAGAGCUCAGCCCCAAAAGCACAGCCCAGCAAAACAGGGUACACAGCCCAAAAACAGGAAAAGAUUACAGACCCUCUGCCCAAGAGCCAGGCUGCCAGCAAACCUGUUGACUCUGUGCACAAGCCAGAGUCACAAGGCAUCAAAGGAUGCAUGAAUGUUGGUGAAGACAAGCCUGAGAGCCCAGCAGAGUGGAGAUCUCUGUUGAAGCCUGUAGCCAGCAAAGACCAGGGUGGCUCUAAGAAACCUACUGAUAACUCCCAGGUGGGAACAGGGAGCCCAGCACACAAGGAGACAAAGCCAAGUCCAUUAGUUGUCCCAUCAGCAAAGCAGGACUCUGCUUCAUCUGGUGGAUUCAUGAAGAAGAAGUUGAUCCCCAGCUCAGAUCUUAUCAGGAGCUGUCAGAAUCAAGGCUGGGAAGACCCUGGGGGCCCUGCCAAGAAGGAGGAAGAGGACAACCAGUUGAAGAAAAGCACUACCACAUUUAAACCCUCUGUUCCAAAAAGCAUCCAGAGCCCUGAAGCAGUGUCCCCAACUAAGAUGCACCCAGACUACCUCCCUGAGGAGGAAAUCCAGGAGAAGGUGCGUGACAUCGAGAAGCAGCUGGAUGAGCUGGAAUUGAAAGGAGUGGAUCUGGAGAAGCAACUGCGUGGCUGCGAGGGAGAUGAGUCUGAGGACGCCCUCAUGGUGGAUUGGUUCAAACUGAUCCAUGAGAAACAGCUGCUGCUCAGACAGGAAUCAGAGCUGAUGUACAAAAUGAAACAGCAGAAGCUGGAGGAACAGCAGUGGAACAUUGAGACGGAGCUGCGACACCUCAUGAACAAGCCAGAGGAACUGAAGACAACCAAAGAGAAGGAGCGCGAGAAGGAGCUCCUGCAGUCGUACCUAAACACAGUCAAUGAUCGGAAUAAUAUUGUGGAGUGCCUGGAUGAGGACAGACUCAGAGAACAAGAGGAGGACCAGAUGUUGGCAGACAUGAUCCAGAGGUUGGAUGGAUCUUUUGAGAGACAGGAGCCAGAGAAGAAGAAGAACAAGUUCCGCUUGUCCAAAAUAUGGAAGCAGAAAAAUAAGAGUAAAGCGCAGGAGUGAUGUUCCCCUGCCCAGUGGGCCAGAGAGGGACGUCAAAGGAAUGUUUCUUCCUCACUGCUGCUUUCCUGGAGGAAAGUUGUGCAGGACUGUGAUGAGGCUUCUCUGCUCUCUGACAUGGAGACUGCGGGUUUGCGACUAAAGGGACUGUGAAUCCCCUCUGGCCUUGGCAUGGGGCCCAAUGACACCUCUCCCAGAAGAUCGACUUUUAAGACUGUUUUUCUUCUUUGGAUCUAGCUCAGGACUGGCUUCAGCCUCGUUGGCAGCUCAGGAGGGCAGAGCUCAAUUUGCCCAUCCACUGCUCAGGUCAUGAUAGUCCUGAAUGCAGGAGCAUGGCACUGCGUGUCACCUCACGGUGCCCCACUCAUGUCAGCCAGUGCUGCACCAAGGACACUGUGCUGGUCUGCUAACAGGCAGCUCUUCCUCCCUCCCUCCCUGCAUUUGGUGUGGCUCUUUGGCCAGGGUCAGAGACACAGGGAUGUGCUUUGGGGCACAGGAGAUCGAGGGCCUCUCCCUCAUUAUGCCCGUGCAAAUUGGACCUGCGGGGUCUGCAGCCCGGGCAGGCAGAGAGCAGACCACCUCUGUAUCUAUGGGGUGGGAUGUCCUAGACCCAGAGGGGUUUCAGCAAUAGUGCUGUGUUUCCAGACCUCCUUUUGGGAGUUCCUGUAGGCUGGUUUCUCAAAGCCGCGAGGGGUUGCUCACUGCUUCAUUCCUUCUGUGGGGGAGAUUUGUAGCUUCCUUACUUCUCUGACUUCAGAGUGAAGCAGGGUUUUCGUUGUUUGUGGCCCAUCCUGCUGAAGAUGAAUAGAAGUCUUCUUUUAACAUCCUGGUGCUAACUAAGAGCAGAAAGGAGUUAAUGGGUUUGCCUCACCCGUGAGUCUUCUGCAUGGGACUACUAUUUCAAUUCCUGAGGUUCUGUCCCUGGACAGCCAGCGCCCUCAAGGGUGCUGCAGUUCACCUUGGUGGGACCACGAGAGUAGGAGCAGGUCCUGGGCUCUUGGCAGUGAGUCUUUCCACUCUCCCCUCAGUCCAGAGUAACUGCAGCCAGAUACCUGCCCUGUGUGGCAACAUCAUCUCUUCCCAGUCAACCCAGGGAGCAGGGGUGGAGACAGGCAGGGAAAGAUCAGAUUAAUUCAUGAUGCUUCUAGCUCUGGUAUGUGUGGACAUCCCUCCUCCCUCCAAGCCAGAUACUUUGAGGUUUCUCUGGGUCCUGUUCUCCCUUAGGGCCUGGGAUUUUGCAGGGAAGAGGUUUGCUGCCCACUGUGCCCGGUGGCAAAGCAGAAGCGAUGCGUCCCUUACCCACGAGGUGGCAGUGGGACUCUCUGUCCCAGGCAGCCCGCCCUGGGCACUGCAGGGGUGUGCUGGGUGAGGUACCAGGUGCCGAGGAGGUUCCUGGUGCUCACAGUGUGUGCCACGUGCCUACAUGUGGUGGGUCACCCCGAACCUGCAUAUGCUUUUGUCCAAUAAAGAGUUCCUGGAGCAAAUCCCAGAGUCCCAGCAUGAGUCUAGAUGCGGGUUACAGGGCGUGGGCUGCCCUGGUCGCUGCGAGUGAUUCCACCUCCUCUCUGGAAAUGAGGGAGCCCGGAGCCGAGGGUGGUUGCAGGAAUCUGGCAUACCUGUGAUGGAGAGGCUCCUUUGCCCAGAGCUUGCAGACCAAUUGCAGGUCCUCAGAGAGCCGCAGAGCCAAGGGGGAGGUGCUGACCACCGGUGCUGGCGUGCUGUGCCUUGCCAUCCCGGUGUGCUUGUUGGGAAGCAAUAGCUGUAAAGAUGAGGGGAGGGAGGAGGGCCCCUCUUCCAGACGUGGACAUUAGCAGCAAACCCCUAGAAUUAAACUUGCCUUUGUGGGCUGCAAGCUGAGAGGGAGGGAGCUGAAACCACCUCUGCUGAAGGAGAGAAAUACACUUCCUAACGGGCAGGUCCCCCUCCUACAGCUCUCCCAGGCUGUCGUUGUUGCUGGGCUUUCAUCUUUUCAGGCUCAGAUUGUCCAACCUCAUGAAGUUUCAUCUGUAUGGAUUUGGGGGUGGCAUAUCAUCCAACCCUUCACUUGCCAGGAGGCAUGGGGCAGUUUAACCAUUUCCCAUCUUGAAGGCAAGCAGGAAAUGGAUCUGCGCAGGAAAGUGAUCACAAAGGUGCUUAAACUACAACCCCCGGGGCCCUGCAGUGGCAAUGAGUGCAUGGUUUGACCUGCUGUAGGGUUUGCUUUUGUGAGAAGGCCAGCUGCUGCCAGAAAGCAGGCACUCACUACACCUGCUAGCUCCGUGCUUACCUGCCUCCAAGAAGAGAUUCUGAAGGGAAAACUCUGCUGCUUCUCCCAUCUGGAGUCGUUGGAGAUGGUAACCGUGGCCUAGGGGAUACAAGGCUCAGCUGGAAAUGCUAUAUAAGUUUAAAAGGUUUAAGUGAUCUCCUGAUAGAGAAAUACUAAGAGCAGGAGUGGAGACAGUUGGGGCCCCCAGCCUCCCUUGCUGCCCUGGGAGCAGGGAGUUACAGGCUGGUGUGAGGCUGGCUCCAAGACUGACCUCAACUAUUUCUUCACCAAAGAUGAGCAGAUAAAUAGUGGAUAAAUGGAUCCUGCCCAGAGACCCAAACUCUCGUCUGCACUGAUGGAGCACUGUCUGGUCAUGGACAGGGUCUACAAGUACCAAGCCUCGUCCAGCCUGCCCAGCCCCACAGCUCCUGCACACCCAGACAGCCGCUGGUUGUGAACGUGAGGACAACCCAGCUUGUUCUUCCUUCCUCUACCUUGAAUUUGGGACUCACAGGAUUUGCAUUUCCACCACUCUCCUAAUCCAAGGCUUGAAACGAGCCCUGGAUGAACAAAACCAUUGGCUAAGGUGGAGAAAGGGAAUGGCUUUUUUCCAGCUGGCUGCUUUCAGCUGAGCCGAUUCCCUCGCCUGACCCCCAUUUGCUCUCCCUGCACAAGCAGCUUUGCUCGCCUCAUGGAAGUGCUCCAGGAUGCAAAGCAGGAGGAUUUGGCCUUGGGACUGAGCAGGGAAGCAUUGGGAAACCAGUUUUCAGCUGCCUCUCCAUAGCAGUCACCCCUGAGUAAUUAGGCAAUCCAGGCACCCUCCUGUAACCGAACAGGAAUCAAAUUCCUUUCCCUUCUCCACGGGAAAGGAAUGUUUGUGCUCUGCUCCAGCCCCAUCAGACGCCGAGCCCUGAGGUCAGGUUAGCAGGGGGUUGACUGAUACGUUACUCUGUGCAUGUGGGUGUCUGCAUUUCAGUGAUGACUGAGAGCUUAAUUACUCUUCUAGGUCAGCUGCUCCACUUCCAAAAUGGUUUUAAGGGGUCUGAGCUUCCCGCUCAUUUCCUGAUGGCCUCCGGUCAGGUUCAUGGCCUCGCCAGCUCCUGGAUACCUGGAGUGCUGCCGCUGCUUGCUUUGUAGCUGAAGAGGAGUGUGUGGGGCUGUACAGGGCCUGGAGGCUGCACCCCUGAGCCUCUGCCAUUUAGGAGGCUCUUGGGAGUCCUUCUGCAGGCUUGGGGUGACGAGGAGGCUGCUGUCUGCUUCAGCACUUCAAGACUCGCAGAUGAAGCUGUGAUUAGGCAGCGCGUGUGUGUGUAUGUCUCUCUCUUCUGCUGUUUUCUUUAAUUACAAUCUCGGAGGUAAUUUCUGACGCAUCAUUAACAGUUCUGAGUAAACAAGGGGAAUUCUCCAAAUUAUUCGCCAUGAGCACAAAGGGAAAUUGGCUUUCAUCAUCUCCCUCUUCAUCCAAGGAAGAAGCUGAUCUGCAGUAGGCACAGGGAGGAAGGGAGCAUCGUGGCUGCCCUCGGAUGCCUCGAGUCAGCUUGAGACAGCAGCAACCUAUCCAGCUUGUGCAGCUGACUGAGAGGCCAGCUCUGCCUGCAGCUUUUUGUCUCUACUGCUGAGCUAAGAGGCUGGGGCUCAUCACAGUUGGGACUGUAGAUGCAAAGUGCCUCUUGCCUCUGAGAGGUUUGGGUGCUGCUUUUGAGUGUUCACCUCCCGUUUCCAGCUGGAUGAAGCGGUACCCGAGCUGCUCAGGAGACAGGACAGACCAAAAGCAUCAUCAAGGCUGUGUCUCAGCGUGAAAGGUGACAACCCAGUCCUUCGCUCUUGGGGUGAAGGGUGAUGCCCAAGGCCAGCGUGGGGUUGGGAAGGGAAGGAAGGAGCACUGAUAUGGAGGGACUUGAGGCCUGGGAAAGUAGGUUUGGUCCAAAGCAAGAGCUCAGAGGGAUGCUGGUGUGCUCUGUGAGAGCAGCAAGUACCUGGCAGCUGGGGUGAGAGGAAGUGGCUGGAGAGGACCUUUUUGCUGGGAGUCCAUGGGAGGGCAUUGCAGCUUAGUGCCGGGCUCGAGGGAAAGAGGCUUCAUUGGAGGGAUGGGACAUGGAGCUCAGAGGAGGCAAUUGCACCCGUUGGAGCACCCACACCCCUCCGCACCCCGUGCGCUGCGCUGCCAGCCCCUUCACCCACACUCCGGCACAGUGGCAGCACAUCUGCGGUAGCAACCAAGGGAGCGAAGGUUAUUUAUAUUCAUGUUGCGGCUCUGCCAGCCGUGACUCUGUUAUCUGCCAUGCAUGAAUAUUAUUUGAAUACAGAGUUUGUCGUGACUAUUCUUCCGCGUGAAACGAGGGAUUUGCUGUGGGAUGGGAGCCCUCCCUCCGGCUGUCAGUCAGGAGGGGUUUCCUUUUCCUGUCUCGUUGGAAGCCGCGUCCCCAGCAAGGAGAUGGAAGAAAGCUGGGUGCUGGUAGCCGGGAGGCGAAGCUGCAGCUGGCCACGCCGGCUGCGAACAACGAGGGCAAUUAGAGAUCAGAAGAGCUGGGGUGGCUUCGUCACAUUUCCCUGCUGCCGUUCUGGAGUGCUAAGGGCGCUCUUCCCGCGCACGUGUCUGCACGAGUGUGUUGGAGGAAAAGGGGGUCAGGGAAGGCAAGGCUGAGGCUGUCUCUGUCGGGAUGAAGUCGCUGGACUGGGCAGAUAUGAGAGAUUAAUUUCACUGGAAGAUAGCACAGAGUGUAUCCUCAACACCUUCAUCCACACACUGGAGACGAGCACGCUGCAGAGGUGGGUGAACGCUCCCUCCCAGGGCCUGCAGAGCAGUGUCCACACCGCACAUCUCCAUCAACACUGCUCCACGGGACUGGGGCAGGGCUGCAUCCCAAGCAGACAGACGCACACCAGGCGGAAAAUAACAAGAAGGAAAAACCCGAAGGCACUGACUACUAUGACGCCAAGGCACGGGCUGGAAGCAGAGACUUGUCAUGGUGUGGCAGCGUCGGUGCAUCCAGGGCUGCCAGCAAGGCGGCGGGCCUGCCAAGGCCAGAUGGUGUUUGCGAGCGGCGCCAGGUCCCAGCUGAGCGCUGCCCGGCGAGACGCGCGCAGAAGCUGCCGCCGCAGCCGGCGCUGCCAAACCCACGGCAUAUGCUGCGCUCUGCCCUACACCUGCCGAUGGGCAGCCUCCGCACGCUGCUUGCGUGGCGCCGGCGUGAAGGAAGGAGGAAAAGCGGCAGCCCCAUCUGGAAGGAAUUUAGCGGAUAAACAAGGGCAGCGAAACCCAAAAAUGAAAAAAAUUGAAAAAAGAAGAUGGCGCAGGGGGAGCCGCAGCCACCCUGACUGGCUCCCAGGUACCCGGCCUGUGCCCAUAGCUCCGUCAUCUGGAUCAUGAGGACAACUGCCCGGAUACGAAAAGCAGGACCCAUCCUCAGCUGCAGCGGUGCCAGGACUGAGAUCUGCAGGAUGCCUGUCUUAAACUUAGCAGCUUGACUUACUAAAUAACGUGGUGCCACUUCACAGGGAUCUCCCCAGUCCCACUUUCCAGAGUGGAAAAAUGCCUUUUCUGGGUACCUGCUGCUGCAAAUGCACCAUGUGCUGGGGAUGGGAGAAGAGCUCCCAGCCUGGCUCCUGGGAGGAUGGACGUGGAUGGGGACACCUCAACGUCACCCUCUCUCAUCCUCUCCACUGCUUAGGCCACACGCAAACUAAACGUGGUUGUUCUGGACACGUGUGAACUUACUGUAAUUUAGAGAGUGAAACUACUUCAGGUGGAAAUUGCAUUCUUCUGUGGAAGGGUGUAAACUUUCUACCCACACGUCAUUCAAGACACUAUUUUAUCUGUAAAAAGAUACUUUGGCUGAACUUUAUCACUGUCUCUUUUCACUUCUUGCUUCGUAGCAAGAAUAAUAAUAUUUAACAUUUAUGGAGCACUUUACAUCUUCAAAGUCCACUUGCAGGUAUUAACUAAUGAAGCCUUGGGCUGCUCCCAUGAGGUGGAGGGGCACGGCAGUGUUAUCUGCAUUUGCAGGUGGAAUAUAAAAGGCAGGAGGUAGGGCAGAAUCAGGACUGGAGCCUGGACUUCCUGCCCAGCCCCAGGCAGCAUCCUUCACUGCCUUACAGUGGCCCACCAUCUCUGGGCUCCCUUGCAAAACGUUCACCGCCAGUACAAAAAGCGGGUUAAAAAAAAUAAAA